CUUUUCUAAACAACUUCAAGAAAUGAAUAACAACACAAUUGAAUCAGAAACACUAGCAAAUCGCUCAACAGAUUCUCUUUCAACUCAGGAUGGAGAUCAAAUUUUAGAUUUGGUACCACCUUUCCUUGUAAAAACAAAGACUCGAGAAGAGAAAGAUUUAAUGAGGCAACAAUUCAAAAAACAAGAGUUAACAAGCAAAGAUAGAAAAACAUAUAGCUGGCUUCAAAAAUUUUAUGCAAGAUUUUCUACCUCAUUCAUGUUGGAAAAUAAAGCUGCAACUGCCAGAGAUCAUUUAGCCAACGAACGUACAUUUCUAGCCUGGUUAAGAACGUCAUUAUCUUUAAUUACUGUAGGCGUUGCCAUUACACAACUUUAUCAUUUAACUCCUCCCGGCGAAUCAAAUCAAGUUACACAUGCUAAGGCAGGCAAAUCUUUAGGUGCUGCAUUUGUUGUCUUUAGUAUCGUAUUCCUUUAUUUUGCAAAUGCUCGUUAUUUUCAUACGCAAAUAGCAAUGACAAAAGGCCAAUUUCCUGCCAGUAGAGGCGCUGUCAUAUUUGGCUCAACUUGCAUACUAGCUGUCCUUAUUGCCAUGUUUGUUGUCAUCUUAUUGGAUUUAAGCAUUUUGAGCAUCUCUCCAAACGUUGCAUCAACCCACUUUUCUAUUCUGUAUGACGAGAGACAUUCAAAAAUGCCUCGCAAUAGCUAUCAAAGUGUUCAAAAACUGAACACUACAUGUUUUAGUCUCAGAGCUGCUCAAGCCAAUUGGAAUUUCUACGUUACGGUUUUUACUUUUUCUGAAAAUGAACAAUCGGAAGAACCCGAUGUUCAUAGUUCUAUAAAAUUCAGCAUUUACUGUAAAUACACAAAGGACAAAACUAGAUGUUCUAAUUUUGCUGUGCUAUGCACAAAGUUACAAGUUAAACCCAUUUUUUUGACUCCUGAUAUGAAGGUGCUCGCUGUUCUCAUUAUAAAACCGGAUGUCAAUGAUCGCACCUUUGGGGAAAGGGAGUCGCUACUUUUCACCCCUCGCUUUCAAUUAGUUUCUAUAACAACAUCAAACCAAGCUCUGCUAAAUAUAUAG